GAACUUUCUUCCCCCUUGAAAAAGGCGCCGCUUCCUCCGAUCUACUUAUUACUUUACUGGACAACCCACUCUCCUGAUCGAAUACUUUUCCUGGCAAUAUUCAUAACGCCAGUUCCCUCAACUGAAACACUGUUCACCAUGUCUAUCUCCAUGCAACUCGCCCGUCCAACCAUCCGCCACUUUUCCGUCCGCCGUCCUCGGCCAGACACUCGCAUUUCCCGCUUCAUCACCAGCUCUUGUCUAUUCACAGCCGUGGUGCUUCCCUUCGUACCUCCAGCUCUUGAGAGUUCUCGCGAGAAGAACAAUGGAUACCCCAAUCACAACAAGUAAGAUCUUCUCUCCUCCGAAACAUUCAUAAUCAAACACCUGAUAUUAAUAAUCCAUGAUAGGCCGCACCCACCUCUAUGCUUCCACGCGCGCUAAGCGGAGGUAGCCUCUAUAUCCGAUCGGAUAUAACUCCCACACUACUAGCGGGGCUCAUUUCCGAACGACCACCACCCACUCAGGGCGUUGGAAACUUCUCGAUAUC